AUGAGGAUUUGUGACGACUACACAACAGUUUGUGAGGACUACACAACAGUUUGUGACGACUACACAACAGUUUGUGACGACUACACAACAGUUUGUGACGACUACGCAACAGUUUGUGACGACUAUGCAACAGUUUGUGACGACUACGCAACAGUUUGUGACGACUACGCAACAGUUUGUGACGACUACGCAACAGUUUGUGACGACUACACAACAGUUUGUGACGACUACACAACAGUUUGUGACGACUACACAACAGUUUGUGACGACUACACAACAGUUUGUGACGACUACACAACAGUUUGUGACAACUACACAACAGUUUGUGACGACUACACAACAGUUUGUGACGACUACACAACAGUUUGUGACGACUACACAACAGUUUGUGACGACUACACAACAGUUUGUGACGACUACACAACAGUUUGUGACGGAGGAGAGACGCAGGAAGGAUCCAGAUGGACCUUUCCAGGAAUAACUCAGAAACUGAAACAGAUCUGA